AUGGGAAUUAAGAGGGAAGGUUCAAGGGCUAGAAUCGUGGGUAGCGCGCGGAGCGGGGCGCUAUCUGCGUCCCGCUCUCUCUCCGCCCUAGGCUGCGACGCGCAGCGACGCUCCAGUCGCGGUCCGCCGGCCGUCGCGACGCUUAGGGCCGUUCCGUCAGGCCGCCAAACGCUCCGCUGUCUAAUCUCGUGCCAUGUGGACUCUGUUGAUGUGUGGUGCACCGCUGGAAGUCCGCGGCGCCGCGCGCCUCGCGUAGGCCCCGCGCCUCUUCGUAUCGGACCGCGGCCCAUCUCGUCUCGUCAUCCCACUUGGUCGCGGUACGCCGCUAUC